AUGCGUCUUCAACCUCGUCUAUUUUCCUCAGGGUUCCAUGGCUCUUCUGGCUACCAUGGCUCUUCUGGCUACCAUGGCUCUUCUGGCUACCAUGGCUCGUCUGGCAACAGCUCCGGAAGCUCGGGCCUUCCUAUCGGUGCCUAUAUUGGAAUUGCUGCCGGCAUCAUUGCUUUCAUCGUUCUCGUUAUUGCCUUGAGAGUGUGCAUCGUCAGAAAUCGAGCCCGGACCGAAUUUCCUCAAAAUCAAUAUGUUCCAGGCACCGUUGGAUUGGGACCUGGAAACCCGUCUCAGCAGCACCCAGCUCCUCAAACUGCUGCUCCUCAAACGGCUGCUCCUGAUUAUCAACUGCCGACAGCUCCUUCUCCUACUUAUAAGGAUUCUCGUUAUGAUAGAACCUACAACAUGGUGUAG